AUGAGAUUAAGAUCAAAUGAUUAUCAAUUUGUAUCAUUUAUUACUUCUAUAUUAGAAUAUGAUCCUAAAAAAAGAUUAACACCUGAAAAGGCAUUAUUUCAUCCUUUUUUAAAUUCUGUAUUUCCAUUUUCAUUAAAUAUGAUUUACAAUAUUAAUAAUAAUUUACAUAAUAAUAAUAAUUUAAAUAAUUCUAUUGAUUCUCAAGCUAUUAUUAUUAACAAUAAUAGACAAGAAGAAGAAGAGCAACAACAAUUAAUUUAUGAUAAUAGUUUAAUAGCAUCUCAUAAUAAUAAUAGUAAUAUUGGCAAUGUUGGCAAUGUUGGUAAUAAUCAUGUGAAUAUUACAAUGGCAUCAUUAGCUCCAAAACAUUCAUUAUCAUAUCAACAACAACAACAACAACAAUCAAUAACGACGACGAAUCAAACACAACUGCAGCAGCAGCAACAACAACAACCCUAUCAUACAAUGUUCUCUUCUUCAACAAGUUCAAGUGAUUUGAGUUCUCCAACUCAUAACAAACAACAACAACAACAAUAUAUUUCACCUCAUCAACAAGGACACUAUGUAAAUAUGCCAUCACCAUCAUCCUAUCAACCAUCCUCUAAGAAAAUUAAAUUAUCACAUCGAGAAUAUUCUAAACCUCAAAUAUCUCAAUCAUCAUCUCAUCUAAAUCACCAACAUAAUCAAAUUAUCAAUCAAGUAACAACAACACCACCACCACAACCACAAUUACCACAAAUAUAUAACUCCUCCUCCUCAUCUAAUCAACAACAACCUAGUUCAUCAUCUAGUACACAAUUAUUUAUUCCUCCUCCAUCUCCAUCUACUACUGUAAUAACAACAGGUACAACACAUGUUGUUUCUCAAUCAACACCAAUUAUCAUUCCACAACCACCUAAGAAAGUACUUCCUCUAGCUCCACCUAAAAGACAUGCAUGUGAAAAAUGUGGAAGUCAAUUUAUUGAACUUUCUCAUUCACCUAAUAAUUAUACCAUCAGAUGUAAACAUUGUAGACAUAUAUUUAUUAAGAAUAAAUAG